GGAGGAGUACACUAUGUAAGUUGUUUAUCACUUUCAAAACACCAUCAAUUCAUUCAUAACACCUAUGAUGAAGAACCAAUUUCAACUUUCACUCAUCAUUCUAACGUUUUUCAUCCUUCUUGAGUUAGGAGUAAUGGGAAAUGUGCAACAAGUGAAACGAGAACAAUGCCAUACUGUUAUUCCUAACAAAUCUGGAAAAUGUAUUUUUACGGAAUGUAAAUCUGCAUGUGAGAAGUUGAAGAAGCCCGUGGCUAGUCUUUGCCUGCCUCCUAAGACCUGCCGCUGCUAUCAUUUUUGCUCUUAAUUUGUUUCUAUUUAUGAUAAAACU